AAAAGGAGUGGAUGCAAGCGGGACUAUCAGACGGAGACAGCCCAGGGCUGCUGCGCCGGGAGCAGAGCCCCCAGAGAGAGGUGGCGGUGCGCCAGGCACAGGCUUCUCUCACGAGCCUCAGUCCUGGCCAGGGCCAGGCUGGCGAGAGGGCCACCAGCAGAGAAAGUGGGCAUCCCCUGGCCCCGCCAACCGUGACGGGAAGGAGCACAGGAGCUGCUGGGCAGAGACUGUUACUGCUCCAAAGGCAGCCCGAGAAAGGAGGCAAGCAAAGCACAGGAGGGGACCCGCUCCCAGCUGGACUCAGCCCGUCAGUGGCUUUUUAAGCCCACCCCAGACUCCUGGUCUGAGCUCUCAUGACCAGAUUGGAGGGGCAGUGCUCUGAAGUGCAGGAGCAUUUCUCUAAGGGGCCCCUGAGCCUAAACAAUGGACGUUCUCCUCCCAGAGCAGGGUGCAGUGUGCCCUCCUGGAGCCAGGUGGCUUAGCUGUUGAGGGCCGAUCUGUCCUCUGAGCUGGCACUGAGGGGAGGUGAGGCCUGACAUUGCUGACGUAUCUCUUCCCCCAAACACGCCACUCUCGACGGGACACAGUCUGAUUUCAUUCUGCUCCUACGGACAAAGCCUGGCUGUGGGUGGCCAGAAAAACUCUGGCUCGCAGAGAAAAAGCACCACCUCAUUGGUGCCUUGUGUUAAAGGAUGGCUGGAGCCCUCCCUGCCAGCUGCUGGCUCCUAUUAUUGUGUGGGGGACUCCUGGCAGUGGCCUCAUGCAUUGGCUCAGUGGAGUCAGAAAAACUCGGAAGCAGAAGAAGCCGAGAGAAGAAAUCCCAGUGGAAUGAGUAUCCCACAGGCCAGGGGAAAAGCAGCCUGGCUCUGCCUGCCUCUAACGACCCGGAACCUGUCCCUGAGCAGCCACGCAGCAUUGACCCCCGGGACGCUUGGAUGCUCUUUAUGAAACAAUCAAACAAAGGGGUGAACAGCAAGAAACGGGGCAAAGGCAAAUCACAAACACUCAAGUUUGGCCUGCCAGGCCCACCAGGUCCCCCUGGCCCUCAAGGGCCUCCGGGAGCUCUGGUGACACCAGAAGACUUGCUGAAGGACUUCCGGCUGCUGCUGAAAGAGGCAGUAAAGGAGCGGGAGAGGAUGAGCCUGGAAGCUUGCCAGGAAGGUGAGGAGGAGAGAGGAGAAGAUGACAUCCUGGCACUUGUUGCUGGUUCGUUGGCAAAGAGGCAGCCACAACAUCGAGUGGAAGCAGCCUUCCACUGCCGGAUACUGAGAAACCUGCCCAUUGACCGGAGAUCCCUGCAAGAGCUUCGCAUCUAUUACAUACCUCAGAAAGAAGGAGUGUUCUACCGAGGCCUGGGGCUGAACCUCACCAGUGGCCAAUAUACUGCGCCUGUCACGGGCUACUACACCUUCACCGCCACCUUGCACAUCGUUCACAGAGAACAACAGAGGAAGGGGCCCCAGCGUGCAAGAGAUCGCCUGCGGGUACUGAUCUGUGUCCAGUCGCUGUGUCAGCGCAACGUUUCUCUGGAGACGGUGGCUGGCUUGGACUGCAGUAGUGAACUUUUUACCAUCUCAGUCAGUGGAAUCCUAUACUUGCAGGCUGGCCAGUAUGCCUCAGUUUUUGUAGACAACGCCACAGGAUCAUCCCUCAGUGUUCAAAGUGGCUCGGAUUUCAGUGCUGUUCUUCUGGGGGGGGGAAUGCUUUGA